UAACAAUUCGAAGAACUUCAUGGUGGGUCCGAUUGAUGAUCACGAUACACAGCUUCAACUUGAAAGCUUCAACGACAGGGGCAAGAUGGUGCUCAAAAUAGGCGGCUGGGCGUUCAGCUUCGAGCAAGUGCGCACAUGGUUAGAGAAGCAGGGACAGCAAUACCAGCACUUGCAGGACGAGUACCUUUCUGGAGAUCUCAACUUUUGGUUCAAAGAGAGAAAUAUAGAUUAUAUGUGGGCCAUCCCCACCGACUAUCCUCGAGGGAGCUGUCAGCCAGUCAUCGUAUUGGCUCGAAGGCAGAGAGAAGAUCCCAAGUCAACGGUGGUCCAUUUCUCUCGCUUCAUGGAGCUGGAUGCGGACCGUGACGUGAAGAAGCAGGUGAUGGAAGAGAGUGGGCUGAACGAUGAGGACCUGCCUUGGAUCACUAUCGCGGACCCAUAUUUCAAGUGCUGACAUUGUCGUCCUGAUGCAAACUAAAUCGAAGUGGGCUCGG